CCGAUUUCCAAAAUAUAGACAACUAUUUGUCAUUUAACAAAAAUCUCAUUGAGGAUUCGGGGCAAGCUUCUCUCUAUCCCAUAGCCUGGGCUUGGUAUUCAUAAUGAGUAGCUUAACGACGACUUCAAUGGCGGCUCGAGUGCUUACUUUUCCACUAAGACAUCGUUUUCGCGAACCCUCGAGAAAUCCUCUGGUGCUUAAAUCUCCGACCAGGCGUCGGAAAUUGAUUUGCAUGGCGGAGCCUUAUUUGAUUACGAAGUUGGAAUCGGCUGAAAAUACGUGGAAAGAAUUAUCGGUCAAGCUGGCUGACCCAGAUGUUGUCUCAAAUCCCAGUGAAUACCAAAAACUGGCACAAUCUGUGGCAGAGCUUGAUGAGGUUGUGUCAACCUUUAGGAGAUUCAAGGAAUGCGAAAAAGAGUUAGAAGAAGCCAAAGGUAUGUUAUCAGCUUUAGCAAAAGAAGAAGGGACUGAUGAGGACAUGGCGCAGAUGAUAGCUUCCGAAAUUGACUCUUUAUCCAGUCAAAUCAAAGAACUUGAGGACAAUCUUAAGAUGCUACUUCUGCCAAGUGAUCCUCUAGAUGCAAGAAAUAUAUUGCUUGAAGUGAGGGCUGGUACUGGUGGUGAUGAGGCUGGAAUUUGGGCGGGUGAUCUUGUUCGUAUGUAUCAAAGGUACUGUGAACGGAAUUCUUUGAAGUUUGCUCCACUUUCAUGCUCUGAGGCUGAAAAAGGAGGCUUCAAAACUUAUGUGAUGGAGGUCAAAGGAAAUCGUGUUUACAGCAAAUUAAAAUAUGAAUCUGGUGUUCAUCGGGUUCAACGUGUACCACAAACAGAAACACAAGGUCGUGUACACACAUCCACGGCAACAGUUGCAAUUAUGCCAGAGGUUGAUGAAGUCGAGGUGGUAAUUGACCCAAAGGAUAUUGAACUAACAACAGCAAGAUCAGGGGGUGCUGGAGGACAAAAUGUCAAUAAGGUUGAGACAGCUGUGGAUCUUUUUCACAAACCAACAGGAAUUCGUAUAUUUUGUACUGAAGAAAGGAGUCAACUUAAGAAUAAGACUCGUGCUCUUCAGUUGCUACGAGCAAAAUUAUAUGAGAUAAAACUGAGGGAGCAGCAGGAAAAGCUAAGGAAUCAGCGAAAAAUGCAGGUUGGUACUGGUGCUCGUUCAGAAAAGAUACGGACAUACAAUUAUAAGGACAAUAGAGUUACCGACCACCGGUUAAAGAUGAAUUUUGAACUCACCUCUUUUCUUGACGGAGAUAUAGAGAAUUCAGUUCAGGCAUGUUCUGCCAUGGAGCAGAAGGAGCUCCUAGAAGAGCUUGCGUUAUCUGCCAUGGCCCCAAACAGCUGAUUUCAUUCGUUUGGAAGCAUUGAAGUGGUUGGCAAAAUGAUGCUGAUAUACAAAACAAUAUUGCAGAAUCUUUUUUCAGAUGAAUGUUGAUGAGGCACUGACGAGGCACGUCUUUGGUGUUGUCUUGCUUGAGUAGUCAAGUAGGUCUGGUAGAAGCAUUGGAUUUGUAAAACAAAAUUAUAUCAUUAUAGGGUAGUUUUCCUCAUUUAAAUUUUGAUCUAAGCAUUUUUUGAAUUGUAUAACAAAUUUGAAAUUUUUGAGAGCCAAAAGUACAACUAUUCUAAUUUAUGGCGAUUUGUAAAAUCAACCCAAAUUUAGAGAAAAUUGGUUGGGAGAGACAUGUCCCCAACCCCAACUAUAUUUGUCAGUCGUAUAAAAUAUAUUAUAUAUUUUUCUAAUUUAGUGAUAUUUGCAAUGAAA